AUGUCCGCGACGGAGGGCGUGGGCCAUGGAGUAGACGACCUAUUCGCCGACGACGUCGACGUCGAGCAGGCUCGCGAGGUGUCCCCGGCAGCCGAAUCCAGUGCGGGCGAUGGCUCUGAGCACGAGGACCCCGCGUCUAAAGCGGCACUCGAGUACCUGGAGGAUGACGAGGGCGUGCCGCCGCCCACCGUGCAGGAGCAGACUGCAUGGAUCAAUUUGCCGCAGCUGCCGUUGCGCCGCACCAAAGAGACGAUGCUUGCGCGCCUGCCCAACUUUGUGCGCUACUGUGACCGGCCUUUUGACACGGCGACAUGGGACGAAGACGAGGAGGAUGCGCUGCUGGGCAGCGAGAACAGGCUGGGAGACAAGGACGCCCGCAGUAUCCUUCGCACCAUGUCCACGGUGCGCUGGCGCUGGCGCCAGAGCGGGGACGGGCGGACGCCCCAGAGCAACACGCGAAUUGUGCGCUGGAGCGACGGCUCCGAGUCGCUGCAGAUCGGCUCAGAGUUCCUCGACAUGUCGCGCCACGCAGAGCCGAACGUGCAGGGUGUGCCUCUUUCCUACCUAUUUGUGCCGCACCCGCGGGAGGGUGUCCUGGAGGCCGAGUGCGCCGUGCGCACGUCGCUCUCGUUCAAGCCUAGUCUGCACUCGGACACGCACCAAAAGAUCGCGAGCGCGAUCCGCCACCAGCGUGGUGCGCGCGUUGUUGCGACGUCCGAGACCUUUGGCGCCCUGGAUCCUGAGCGCGAGAAGGAGCGCAUCGAGCGCGCUCUUAAGGACUCGGAGAAGAAGCGGCACCGCGAGCGUAUGAAGCAACUGCGCGCGUCCAACGACUAUGACAUGGAUCUUGACCUGAACAUGCGCCGCAGCGGCUCGCGCCACCGCGUCUCACGCACGUCCAUGACCGAGUGGUCUGACGACGAGGACGAGGCGCCUGGCGCGACUCACGACGAUGUCGACGAGGCGGACGAUGGCUUUAUCGUUCACGACGAGGAAGAGGACGAGGAUGCCGAAGCAUCGGACGACGACAUGGACCGUCUUGAGCGCUCCAUCGAGGCGCAGGAACGCAAGCGCCGCAGCGAGCAGGACGAGUCGGCGGCCACGCACGCACCAUCGGACGAUGAGGAUGCCUAA